AUGAAGCAGCUGUGUGCUUUCAAUAUUUCCUUUUGCCUUCUGAGGUUUUCUCUCAUCCUGUGUUGUUUGACCGAACCAAUUUGCUUUUGGAGGAUAAAGAAUAGUGAAGAUAACGAUGGGGAUUGGCAAAGUGAUUGUUGCUUUUACCUUACGACAACGGAUGAACCUGUUGAAGAAAAUUUUUAUAAUUUAAUUUUUGAUCUUAGAACAAGAGCAAGAAAAUAUGAGUUUUAUCUNGUAAUGUUUUUUGCUAUUGACGAGAUCAACAAGAAUCCUUAUCUUUUACCCAAUGUGUCAUUGAUAUUUGACAUCAUUGGAGGUUACUGUCAAGAAUCAUUGGGAAGUCUGGAUCAAGAAUAUACACAAAUGAAUGGAAGUAUAAGUUUUGUUAAUUAUAUUUGUGAAGGAGAUGAUUCCUGUGUUAUAGGCCUUACAGGACCAUCAUGGAAGCCAUCUUUAAAACUGGCAAUUGAUUCUUGGACACCAAAG